ACUUUCCACAAAAAACUUUCAGAAUCCAAAUGUCACAAAGCCUUUGCAGAAGAAAGGGUCAAUCAUAGGUAACUACUUACUGCAAGACAAGCCAUUGAAAAGACAGCUGAGCUCAUCCGAUGAGCUGGAGCAGCACAAAGAGACAGAGGUGACACAUUCAUCCAAGAGACACCAACUGUCAUGUAGAGUCAGGUGUGAGAAUGUCGAGCAGGUGCAAACUCAGAGCACAAUUGUCAGUCCUCAGCGAGCGUUCAAGGUGGUAUUCCUGGGUAACUCGGGGGUGGGUAAGAGUUCCUUCAUCCAGCACUACUGCACAGGACACUUCUCCAGUAAAAUGAGCACUACUGUGGGUAUAGAUUUCCAGAUGAAGACUUUAUCUCUGGGCUCCACCACCAUCACCCUGCAGCUGUGGGACACUGCAGGGCAGGAGAGGUUUCGCAGCAUCACUGAGCAGUACUACCGUAAAGCCGAUGGUAUCCUUGCCAUGUAUGACGUAACUCAGUCCUCCUCCUUCGCCGCUGUGAGAGGGUGGAUGGACUCGGUAAAGGAGAAGAUGUGUGAAGGUGCGGUACUGAUGCUGCUGGCGAACAAGCUGGACCUGGCAGACAGUCGCAGCAGAGAAGUGACAACAGACCAGGGGCAGAGACUAGCAGAGCAGCACCAAGCUAUGUUUUACGAGUGCAGUGCUAAAAGUGGAUGUAACAUGGAGCUGCUGAUGACUCAUCUGGCUGGGAUGUUAAUCUCCCAGCAUGAUCGACAAUGUGAAGAUGCAGUUUUACUGACUGAGGACGUGACUAAAAGAGGCUGCUGUACAUAAACACAACACUAAAAACUCCCAGGCCCAAAUCCUGUGGUCACAUAAAUCAUGGCAAGACACAAACGGUGACAUUUGAACAAGUUUGC